GGGGACCUAAAAAAGUUAAAUUAUUUUUUAGUUUAAUGGAGGCGGACUUUACAUCUGAAUCAAAUUUCAUUAAUUCAAAAGCCCCCUCCACUCUUCCUUUGUGUUGUUAGCUUUUUUUCAGAGCCUCCUAGAGGCCUGUUGGAUCUCAAAAUCUGGGUUUUAUGGUUUGGGUUUUCUUGAAAAAUUGUUGUCGUUGAAACCCAUUUUGAUCAUUUAUCAAUUUGUUGAAUAAGUAGAUUGUGUACACUGUUUGAUUAGGGCUAUAAAGUGUGAUUUUAAGGUCUAUUGACUCGUUUUGAACUUUUGAGGGCUAUUUAGUGGGGUUUUAAGGUUUACAAGUUAUACAGGAUGUGUCGGUGUAUUCAUUGCUUGGAUGAUUUAUGAUGGUUUAUGUCUGAUCGAAAUGAAAGAAGACGGAUGCUUGAAAUUUUACUGAAAUGAUGCCUAGUCAUGGGUAAGGUAGCCUUUACAGGGCUUUAGGGUUAUUAGGUGAUGUAAAAUGAUGUGUACUUAUGUAUGGGUGAUUGGAAUUUGUAGCUGCAUCUUUCAAUGAAAUGUUCAUGCUUCCUGUAGUGUGGGAGCUGCAAGCUUCGCCGAUCUCUGCACAUGAUUUUGCAGUGGAAAUUGUACCAAGAAUAGCUAGGGGUGUUAAAGUUAUGCCUAGGAUCUAUAGGAGUAGUGUGUUCCAAUGCACUAGGCCUUGCUUGCUGCAAUUGAGUGUGGAUUAUGGGUAUUUGAGGGUGUUGUUAUUGGGAGCGGAGUCAUUCCUGAUUCAUAUCCCUGUGUUUUAUACCCAAUUAGCAAAGCAUUCAAAUACACCACUUGACGGAAGCAAUAUGGAACCUUGAUGGAAAUGCUUUAGAUAUUGAUUGUAAAAGUUCUUCACCGAAUCCAAUUGCUAGAGUUAUCUCCAAUCAUUUGAUAGUAUUAGGCGAGGAAUUGAUAUAAUUUUUUCGAUAAACUAUUUCCUUAGAAGAUUUCACAAGUAUUUUCUUUGUUUUCCUCUUGUUUUUCCGGGAGUAGGCAAUGCUAGUACCAUGGCAGACCCAAGCAGUAGUGCCAUGGUUAGAGUGGAAAAUCCAGAGACAGUAGGAGAAAGAGGAAGAGGUUAUACCAAGGGCAUAUGGACUCUCCAUGAGACUCUGGUCCUGUUAGAUGCCAAGAAGCUCGAUGAUGAGAGAAGAAUGAGAGGCGGGGAUAAGGAGAGGGGUGGUAAGACCGCAGAACUAAGAUGGAAAUGGGUUGAGAAUUAUUGCUUUAAGAAUGGGUGUAUCAGAAGCCAAAAUCAAUGCAAUGAUAAAUGGGAUAACCUGCUAAGGGAUUACAAGAAGGUUAGGGAAUAUGAAAACAGGAUUGGUCCCGGUCAGCCCUCAUACUGGGACCUUGAGAAGCAUGAAAGGAAAGAAAGAGGGCUGCCUUCUAAUCUGCUCAAUCAGGUUUAUGAAAGACUUCAUGAAGUUGUUGACAAAAGAUAUCCUAGGAACCCUCCAGCUAAUAUUUCCGGGGGUAAUAUGACUAACAUACCUCUUCAACAGCAACAGCAGCAGCUGCAGCUACCUCCUCCACCUCCCCAACAACAAAACCAGCAGCAGCAGCAGCAACCACAACCACAGCCACAACCAACACAUCAAGCAUUUCCUUCCCACCAACAACAGAGACAGAUGUCAGGUGGCUACUCUGCUGAGAUGUCAGAGAGUUCAGAUAAUGAUGGAAGUGAAGUCCCACAUUCAUCGGCUAAAAGGAGGAGGGUAGGCUCUGGACAUGGCUUAGCCCCAGCCAUGUCUGAGAGUACAAUACGGAUAACCCAAACACUGAUGGCAUGUGAAGAAAAGAAAGACAAAAGACACAUGGAUAUUUUAGAUGUAGAAGAAAAGAAAAUACGUAUUGAAGAAGCAAAGACAGAGAUAAGCAAACAAGGUAUUGCAGGGCUCAUAAGUGCUGUUAACAAUCUUGCCAAUGCUAUUCUUACUUUGGCCUCUGAGAGAUCUGCUGCAACCGAAUAAUUUGAUUCCAGAAAGGCUGAUGAUGCGUUUUCUGUAUUGUUUGGUUUCCUUAGUACUGCUAACUAGGAAUUCUUUCAGGGAAUGUACAUUUUAUUCUGAUGUUGCCAAAUGACAAUACCUAGCCGUGGGAAGCAUGGAGGCACGGAGAUGCUGAUCCCUUUAUUGUCUUCAGUGAUUCAGGGUGUUCAUUUUUCCUGUAAUGUAAGCAAUCUAUUGCAUUGUGGGCAUUUUUUUUUUCACCAAAGCCCACUUUUUGAAAUCUUUCUGUAGAUUUUCAGUCAAGUAUUUGACAUGUAAACUGCUUUUGGUAGAUGUCAUUCCACUUUUGCUUCUUUAGCAUUCUGUGCAGAUGUUAUGCUCAUCUGUAUUUGCUACAUUUUUGUGUUUCACACAUCAUGGUGUUUUGGUUCUUUCUGGCCUAAUGGGUUCAAUUGCAAUAUCUUACUAGUUUUUGCCUUCAA